UACGACAUUGUUCAAAGCACAUUAAAGCACCAGAGGUCCACCCGUGAGUGCUGUGUUAUUGAGAGGUCAUACAUUUUCAAAAAUCAAAGUAAUUGAACCAGAGAAAGUCCAGGAUGUCUGAAGAGUUGUCGCUCAACAUAAACAUUAAGGAGCCGAGAUGGGACCAGGGGACCUUCAUGGGACGCGCCAAACACUUCUUCAUGGUCACAGAUCCCAGGAACGUCCUACUGUCCUCUGAGAAGCUGGAAGAAGCCAGAGUAAUCGUAGAGAACUACAGAGCUGGAACCGUGACUCCUGGCCUGACCGAGGAUGAACUUUGGAGAGCCAAGUACACUUACGACUCUGCUUUCCAUCCCGACACUGGAGAGAAGAUGUUUGUGAUUGGUCGGAUGUCUGCUCAGGUGCCAAUGAACAUGUCCAUCACAGGCUGCAUGCUCACCUUCUACAGGACUACUCCAGCAGUUGUGUUCUGGCAGUGGGUUAACCAGUCCUUCAACGCCAUUGUCAAUUACACCAACCGCAGUGGAGACGCUCCCAUCACCAUGAACCAGCUUGGUGCCGCUUACGUUAGUGCCACUACAGGAGCUGUGGUCACCGCGCUCGGACUCAAGUCUCUAGCUAUGCGUCUCCCCCCAAUCGUCAGUCGGUUUGUCCCUUUUGCUGCCGUGGCUGCUGCCAACUGUAUUAAUAUUCCCUUCAUGAGACAGAGGGAGCUGAAGUAUGGGAUCCCAGUGAUGGAUGAGAAUGGAAACCGGUUAGGAGAAUCUGCCAACGCUGCCAAACAAGCCAUCAUUCAGGUGGUUGUGUCCAGGAUUGGCAUGGCGGUGCCUGCAAUGGCCAUUCCUCCUGUUAUAAUGAACGCUCUGGAGAAGAAAGCCUUCAUGAAGCAUUUCCCAAUUCUGAAUGCUCCUGUCCAAGUGGGGCUCGUCGGUUUGUGCCUGGUGUUUGCAACGCCUCUCUGCUGUGCCCUGUUCCCUCAGAAAAGCUCCAUGAGCGUGAGCGGACUGGAGGCAGAUCUGCAGGAGAGGAUACGGCAGCUAAGUCCAGAAACCACCACCGUCUACUUCAACAAGGGCCUGUAGGCACAUGAGCAGGAAACAUGCAAACACACACAGACACAUGUCUGCUAUCAUGGGCAUGAGUGAGAGUAAAAAAAAACAUUUAUUUAUGCUUUUGCAGUCAUUUUUAUUUUUGGUAUAUAUUCGGUUCUUGUAUUUUUAUUUCGUCUUCCUCUUGAUGGAUAACACAGGAAGCUGAUAAUCACUGACUGGGGGUUUGCUUCAUGCUACUUUUAAUGUCCUACUAGAAUAUCCAAGUUAUAAAUGAAGGUUUUUCCUGUAACGUUGCCUUUAUGUGUUAUCUUUGUUUUGACCGGGGUUUUCAACCUGUGGUACUAUAAGCCUUCCUAAUUGACUCUUAAUAUCUUGAAAAACAGAACUCAACUGUGGUUUAAAUCUAAAUGUGAUACAAAGUAAUACUUUCACCUUGUUUCUCUGUUUUCUUGUCAAAUUUGCACAGAAUCUCCAUAAUAUAACAACUAAUAGUA